AUGAUUGACUAUUCAGCAAAUACAUCGGGUUCCGGAGCUGACAAUCUCGAAAUUGACUCUUCCAAAGGGAAAGAGGAAGAUCAGGAGAAUUUGGAAAAGUUAGCAGAAGGAGAGGCUGUUGAUGAACAGGUGUGUCUUAUCAGAUGUAAUGCUGCUGCUAUUCUUCUUUUCCUAUAGUC